AUUGAACUCAAGGCACAGUGCAACGAUGUCGUUGAGCCCUCUGGAGCACGCCCCGUCCAGACCUGUUCGGUCUCCACGCGGCCACGACACAAAUAUAAAAAUAUGCUUCAUCUCUGGGAGUUUUUGUUAGAGCUUCUAGCUGAUGAGAGGUGCAAGUCCAUCAUAUGCUGGAGAAGGGAGGAGGAAGGAGAGUUUCAGCUCUUAAAUCACCACGAGGUAGCAAAAAGAUGGGGAAUGUUCAAACAGAGGGGUGGAAUGGACUACGGGAAGCUAAGUCGAGCCUUGAGAUUGUACUAUCGAGAAGGAAUUAUCACCAAAGUAAUCUUUGAUAUUCUAAUAGCGUUUUGAUACAUCUUGAAGGGCUAUGCAGCUAGCUAGCGUGCGUUUCUCUCUUUUUGUCGCAAACGCCACUGUAGCAAAAAUAAACAAAAUUGAUUAAAAUUUUUUAAUCAAUGGAUCAUGCUGGAUAGAAAGAAAGACCGCUGCGUCGCUAUUGGUUAGAACAAUGCAAGUUCAAUCAUCUACCACAGAAAAGUUGUAACUAUUCAGAUGAACUGAAAUAAAUACAGAGUAGGACUCUUCUGUGAAGCUGUUUAUUAUGCCGUCAAGGAACGAGAGUUUGUAGAUGAAAUCCUAUGGGAUUAAAAUCCAAAUGAAUGGUUUUAGUAGUUUUUUUCUACUUUUCCUCUCUGUUGAGUUGUUCAGCUGUACAAGGUAGUUCUAACUUUUUAGUCUGUGAAUGAAAUCCUUAAGUGUUACCAAUCAAAUGAAAGCUACUGAGCAAUGCUUAACUGUGAUGCUGCUUUUAUGCUGUAUAAGGUGUUUAUAAAUUUGAUUCUGUUAACGUUAGCCUUAAAUGUGACCAUUGAAAUUAAAGCUACAGAGCAGUACUUUCCUGUGGUACUGUCUAACACGCUAGACAAGGUUGUUCAAUCUUUUGAGUCUGCUGAUGAAAUCCUGAAGUGUGGCCAUUCCAAAUAAGGCUAAGAUGGAACUGUUUUUCAAUUAUGUUGUACUACGCAUUACUGUCUUAAAAGUGUGUUUUUGUGUGUUGUUUCACUGUUUCUUUAGUGGACAGGUGCAAACCAGUUCUUUAAAAAACCACGCUGUACAAAUUGUAAUUAUUAGUCUUUGUUCUGUGUUCAGAAAAAAUUGUUGAACGUUAUAUAUAAGUUCCUAACUAAAGGUACAUAUACCGUGAGACAAAUGACAAGAGAAGCUUUGAUAUCCAUUAAAAGGAUGGCUUGCCUAUUAUUUACUUAUUUAUUCGAUAUAUAUUUAUUUUAUUCAAACAGGUGAAAGGCCAAAGACUGGUUUAUAAAUUUCGAAACCUUCCUUACAAGUAUGAACCAGGAAUUACAAGAUCUGUUUACCUCGAUCGAUUUCAGACUAUAAACACAAGUCUUUGUAACCAAGAGCCAGGAAUAAUCAAAGAUUUAUUGCCCUUGAAGUUUAAUUCCUCUCCUUCAGUUUCAAGAGCAUUUUUCUCUUCUAGCCUACCUCCCAGGGGAUCCUCGCCCUUGACGGCUUCUCCUGGGGCUUCUUCAGAAGGAUGUACGUGCCUGGAUGUAGAGCUUUCCCUCUCAUCAAUCUUUUGUUCCAAGACUAGAAUUUACUUUCCUAUGAGAGAAGGACACAGCAAAACCACAGAACGGUGA